AUGGUUCAUUCUAAUCCGCGUCGAGCCGAAGCGUUUGUUGUUUAUGGCUGGGCGGCUCGGCAAUCUCAUAGAAUGGCGGAAGCACGACAGUUUGCACAAAGGGCUGAACAACUUGCUCAAAAGAGAGGAAGACAACGAUGUGAAGCAUUGCUUCUUAAAGCUCAACUGCUUUUUGAUACAAAGCGACAUUACAAGGAGAUGGAAAUGGUCCUAGCUGAUGCGUUGCACAAUGACUGCACCAAUACAGCUGUUUAUGCUCUUUAUAUUCAGAUAUUUAUGGCUCAAAAGCGCUUUGGCGAAGCGCAGAGAAUGGCAAAAACAUCUUUGCGAUUUGUGGGCCAACAAAAUCACCAAAUACUUUUCCUUUUUGCCCAAUCGUUGGCUGAUGAUCCUGCUGGUGGUGGACAGUCUGGAACAGAACAGGCUGUUGUUACUCUUGAAAAAAUGGUUCAGGACGGACAUUGUCAUUCUUUGGAACUACUUUUAUUGCUUUCCCGCCUAUAUGAUCGUCAACAUAAAUAUGAUAAAGCAAUUAUGUUGCUUAAUCGCUUCAAGGAGGUUAUUUGUUUUCUCUCUUAUUUAAUCAAACUUUCUCAGAGUUAUGGAGAUUCAAGAAUUCACCGCGAGCUCGGUGACCUAUUAUCAAAAACAAAUCGACAAAUGGAGGCGUUGGGUGAGUAUGGACAAGCAAUGAAUGGAAAUAAUCCUGAUACUAUUGCUAAAGAAAGAAUGAUUGCGCUUAUGGGUGGUCUCACUACUCCACAAAACGUUACGAAUGCAGCAUUCAAAAAUGGUUCUUCUGGUUCUACUUCAAAUAAUGCUACCACUAAUGCAACGAACACUUCUCGUUCCUCGUUCGAAAGGGCUAUUCGAGUGCCCCCACCAAUAACGCGUGUUACAAGACGAACUGCUGCUAAUCAACAUGAACAGUUACGUAGACUUCGAGGAAUGGGUACUUACUCGGCUACUGGUUCGCCUGAAUCUAGUGUGGGUGGUUCUCGUGCACAAUUUCGUCGGAUGGCUGCUGUUCGUGGUUUGCAUAGUGGACGAGGUCUUAUUAGCGAACCGCUUUCUUCUGGAUUACUAUCACGUCCUCUUCAAUUUCAAGAUGAUAUUUCGAAUGAGGAUGACAGCAGUAGAGAGAGUUCAAACGAUUCCCAAUUAAGUUUGGUUGCUGAUUCUUUGGAACAAUCACCCAACAAUUCCUCGUCUGUUCUGGAGCAAGCACGAGGGAGUAAUAAUUCCACAGUGGUCGAUAGUUCUGAUUAUAGAGCUGAUCGGAAUUCUCUUUUCCGUCACAUGACUCACUUGAGUGAUAUUCAGAGCUAUUUUACAAAUGAGGUUUUGGCAACAACUGAAGAAGGGAGUGGACCUUCUGUAUCGUCAACCAAUGUUUCAACUACAGCUACAAGUAGUGUUGGGACAACAACGUUAAGAGGUGUUGAUGCAACAACUGAAACUACUACUACAAUUACAACUAUGGCCGGUUCCUCUCUCCGAUCGAUCGAUGAUUUUGUGCCAUUAAUCCCUGAUGAGCAAUUGUUGGAUGAAGAAAUGAUGAUUGAUAAUCAAAAUCCCGAAGAGGAAGAAAUUGAAAUUGAAGGAAACAGUCAAUAA